CGCGGGGGCGGGCGCCGCGCGAGCCCAACUCCGGGAGCGCGGCCGCUCGGCCAUCCCCGCCGGCGGCGGCGGCGGCGGUUCGGGGAGCGGCUCUGCGGCGGCGGAUGAGUCAGCCCUUGGGCGGCAUGGAGCCCUUCCCGCCGCCCACGGAGGACGACGAGGAGGACUGGCUUCGCCCGCAGUCCGGCGGCAGGACCGCUCCGCCCGCCCCGUCAGGCCACAGUAAGUCUGUAUCAGCAGGAAAUACAGCGUGCAGAGUGAUUGUUCACAUUGACUUGGACUGCUUUUAUGCACAAGUAGAAAUGAUCCGUAAUCCUGAAUUAAGAGACAAGCCUUUAGGUGUGCAACAGAAAAACAUUGUAGUUACUUGUAACUAUGAAGCCAGAAAACUUGGAAUUAAGAAACUGGUGUCCGUCAGGGAUGCUAAAGAGAAGUUUCCUCAACUGAUGCUGGUUAAUGGAGAGGAUCUAACUCAAUAUAGGGAAAUGUCAUACAAGGUUACAGAUUUGUUGGAAGAAUUUUGUCCACUAGUGGAAAGGCUUGGGUUUGAUGAAAAUUUUGUGGAUAUCACAGAGAUUGUAGAGAAAAGACUAAAACGGCUACAACAAAGUGGAUGUUCCAGACUAUGUGUGUCUGGCCAUGUAUACAACGACCAAGCCAUCAAUUUCCAUGAUACAAUGCACGUAAGACUAGUUAUUGGAUCUCAGAUUGCAGAGGAGUUGAGGGAAGCUGUGCACGCUAGACUGGGCCUCACAGGCUGUGCUGGAGUGGCUUCUAACAAAUUACUGGCUAAGCUUGUGUCUGGUACCUUUAAACCAAAUCAACAAACACUUCUUCUGCCUGAAAGCUGUCAGGAUCUCAUACGCAACCUUGAGCACAUCAACAAAGUGCCUGGCAUUGGCUAUAAAACUACUCAACGCCUCAAAACGCUGGGUCUUAAAAGCGUGUGUGAUCUCCAGGCGUGUCCGUCUGCUGUAUUAGAGAAGGAACUUGGUGUUUCUGCUGCUCAGCGUAUCCAAAAACUCAGCUAUGGAGAGGAUGACUCCCCUGUGACUCCAUCAGGCCCUCCUCAGUCCUUUAGUGAAGAAGAUUCCUUUAAAAAAUGUUCAUCAGAAGUGCAAGUUAAAGAGAAAAUUGAAGAGCUGCUUGCUAACCUCUUAGACAGAAUACACAAAGAUGGAAGAAAACCACACACAAUAAGACUGACCAUCCGCCAGUUUUCUUCAACUAAUAAAUGGUUUAAUCGGGAAAGUCGUCAGUGUCCUAUUCCACCUCAUCUCAUUCAGAAACUUGGAAAAGAAAGCAGCAGUGUUAUAUCCCCAUUGGUUGAUAUACUAAUGAAACUCUUUCGAAAGAUGAUAAACGUAGAUCUACCAUUUCAUCUCACUCUUCUGAGUGUCUGCUUCUCCAACCUCAAAGAUCUUCCUAGCAGCAAGAAAGGAUCAAUUGGUUUUUAUCUAACAGAAGUGUCACCACUUUCAGCCUCUGGUAAAAAUGUCCAGGAAAAGGAAGAUGUCUCACAAGACCAGGCAAGCUCUUCUUGGAACCAGAAUUUCAACAGAACUGGAAAUACACCAACAAAAAAACUUUCAGAAGAAAAGAAAAGCUGUAUAAGAAAAGCUGGAAUUUCUGACUUCCCAUUUAAUUUGUCUUCUGGUGACAUCAACCAGGAGGUCUUCAGGGAACUUCCAGAAGAUAUCAAGAAAGAAAUUAUUUCUGAAAGAACAGGAGAAAUGAUCCCUACAGAGAAUAUUUUUAGUCAACCAUCAUUGUGUUUUCCAAAAGAGAUAAACAGCACUUCUCUAAGUUCCAAAAGAGUAAACAAUGAUAUGAACGCUGCAGGAUGCAAUAUACCCUUCACAUCAGCUCAUGGCUCUGCAACUGUUCUGGCACACAGCUCCAAUGCCAGUUGUUCUUCUGAGUGUCCUGGAAGUAUACUCAUAGAUGGUGAUAGGGAAAAAAAGCCUACGGACCCUCUGAAUUUCAGAGAGAGAGACUUGCUGGCUCUGGACGCUGGAGCUAGCCAAACUGUUCUGCCUGCCCCUGUCUUGGGUAAAGAUGAGCAAGCCUUUGGAACAACUUCUAAGGAUAAAACCUAUGGUAGCAGAGAAGGAAUUGUAUUUCCUCUUAACGUUGACCCAAAGACUUUUUUUGAACUACCUGCAGAUAUGCAAAAAGAACUACUAGCUGAAUGGAAGAAUGAAGAACUUGCAUCCAAAAUGCUUAUGGGUAAAACCUCUGAAAAGCCUAAAACAAAUACAGGAAGAAAGAAUACAGCAUCCUGUUUAUCACAGUCUAACAGUUUACUAAGGUAUUUUAAACCACAAUGAAACAUUUUCAUAAUACAAGGGCACUGCAAGAAUGGGCACUGAAGACAGUUCACUCUAUGAAAAAGUUAAUGUAAAUUGUAAAGAUGUGAAUAUUAAAAAUAUAUUUUGGUAACUUUUGACAUAA